UAACAACAUGCUUUUGCCAGCAAAGUCAAGCUUUUCGGCCCAGUUCCCUCUUUUUCUCUUUCUCUCUAGCUAUAGUACUUCAUGCAACUAAAAAGCAAACCAUAAAGACGCUCUCUCUCUCUCUCUCUCUCUCAAACCAUAAACACUCUCUCUCUCUCUCUCUCUCUCUCUCCCCCCAUCUCUAAUUCUCUUCUUAGGACAUAAAAUCUGUAUAUUUGUGUUGGAAUUUGGUCGGUUUCCAACAUUGCUCUGCCAUCAUUGUUUUUUCCUUGGUGCUAAAAUGACAUGCAGUGGACCACCCUAUAAACCUUUAUAUACCUGCUAUGCCCCACAACUCAAAAUUCUUCAUCAUCAACACUUCAUCAUGAUGAUCAUGAUCAUAAUCAUCAAUAGCCUUAAGCUUUAGAUUUACAGGAACCCCAAAAAAAUCAUGAUGAAUGCCAUGGCAUUCAAGCUAAACCAUGCACAAUAUGCAUGUGGAUCAUCAACUUUAAUUACUUCUCUUUGGGAUUUUAACUCAUCCAAUUCCUAGCUAGCUAGAGGGAGAUAUAUCAAUGGAAAUGGAAUCUUGUGUCCCACCAGGCUUUAGAUUUCAUCCGACGGAAGAAGAAUUGGUUGGUUACUACCUCAAAAGAAAAAUUCACUCACUCAAAAUUGAUCUAGAUGUCAUCAUUGACAUUGAUCUCUACAAAAUGGAGCCGUGGGAUAUCCAAGCGAGUUGCAAGUUGGGGUAUGCUGAACAAAAUGAAUGGUACUUCUUUAGUCACAAAGACAAGAAAUACCCAACCGGAACAAGGACUAAUAGAGCCACAGCUGCCGGAUUUUGGAAGGCAACGGGACGGGACAAGGCGGUGCUUUCGAAGGAAAGAAUCAUAGGGAUGAGGAAGACGCUGGUGUUCUACAAAGGACGAGCUCCAAAUGGAAGGAAAACAGACUGGAUUAUGCAUGAAUAUCGUCUCCAAACAUCUGACCAUGCACCCCCACAGGAAGAAGGAUGGGUUGUUUGCAGGGCAUUCAAGAAGCCAACUCCAAAUCACAGGCAAGGUUAUGAAGCUUGGCACCAUGCUUACUAUGUCAGAGACCAUAACAACCAUGUUAGGCUUCCUUCUUCCAUGGACCUUCUCGUCACUGAAAAUCACAUGAUGAACAACAACAACAACCCUAAUAUCAACGAAGCUGCUUCGUCGACUUUUCAUCAUCGAUUCGAUCAUAAUAAUUCGGUGCAAGAAUUCGUCUCCAACCAUAUAUUCUCUGAUACCCAGCUCAUGAAUGAGCUCCCAAAGCUUGAUAGCCCUUCUUCCAUUUCAGCAACUUUGGCAACCAACAAUGAAAGUUUGCGGCAAAACACUACUACUAAUGGAAUCAGUGAAGAGUUUGAGGAUGAAAGAAGCAAUAACAGCAGCCAAUACAUUGAUUGGAAAAAUUUGGACAGCUUACUUGUUUCUCAAUUAUCAGAUGCAACUACAUCCUUUGCUCAAUUCUCGAAUUUGCCAUCUUCCAUAACCGAAAAUUACAGUGAGAAAGAAAAUUAUAACCAACAUCUUCUUGGUUGUUUUCCUGAUUUGUAGCAGAAUUUAUGCACUUCCAUGUGAUCACAUAUUAUUUGUGGUGGAUGAUCAUGAAUUCAAAUUGGAAAAUAACAAAAAGGGGAAAAUAUUUAACUAUGUAACCAUCUUAUCUUAAUAAAUAUAUGUAGUUCAUGCAUGCUUAAGGAGGAAUAGGGUUAAAGUUAUGUUUAAUUAAGAUGUUUUCGAAGUUCCCAUGUGAAUCUACAGCGAGUUAAGAGUCGUGUCUAAUAAUUAGGUGAAACUAAGU